AUGUUCAACAAGCUCUUUGGUAAGCCCAGGCAGGAGACUAAUGCGCUCGUCACCCUUGACAAAAUGAAUGAGGUGCUUUCCUUUACCUCUUCCCAUGCGUUAGUUAUUUAAUAUCCACACCUUCCGACUGGAUUGGUUUGAGUGUUAAUUUUUCGACCGUAUUUCCUCUCAUGUCGUGGCAAUUUGCCUCGCAAAAAUUUGGGGGUAACCGUGGUGAUGUUUCCUCAAACUACCGCGCAGACUCUUGAAAUGUUAGAAAAGAAGGAGAAAGUUCUCCUGAAGAAGGCUGCCACCGAAGUUGAAAGAGCGAAGGAGUUUACACGAGCCAAGAACAAAAGGGGUAGGCCAUUGAAUCACUUUUAUCUGUGGUUAUGCCACACGUCUGAAUUGCUCGCUCUUGGGUGUGCUUAUCCUGGAGGCAUCAUAACAAUCUCUCCCAUUAUUCUUUUAUGUUAAAUCACACGAUAUGCUUGUACUUUAAUACUCUUUGCACGUUAUUAUUGUAAUCAUCUGAGUCUAUUCUCGUGGACAAUUCAACCUUCCUUUGAGGUUGUGCCAAAUUUUCUGGUGGCAGAAUGUGAAUCUGUUCAUAUGGCGAGUAUAAGAUCAUAUCAAAUACGAGCUUGAGGAAGGUGGAAAUUUGGGCUUCCUUAAUUAUGAACUAGAUAAUUGGACUGUAUUUUCUUCUAUAAUGAGACAUAGGCUCAAAUGUUUUAUGGUAUUCUUGCUCCUAUAAUGAUCUGAACAUCAUAAGAAUAUAAUCCAGGCUCGAUCAGGAUUUUUUUUUAACAAUAAGGUACAAAGUUGUUAUCCCAGAUUUUGAGCUCAUUUUUCAAGACGUGAUUGAAAUCCCUGUUUUGUGCAUGAACUUGAAAUGAAAACUUGGCCUCAAAGUUUUCCGUUUGUUCUUCACCCACCAAGUUGCCCACACAGGGGUUGAGAGGAAGAUGAUAAUUUCUUGUUUCUAUCUAACAAUAAUGAUACCCUCACUAUGGCGACGUUGUAUUCAUUUUAACUGAUGAGAUUUCAUCUCACGUUCUAUUCAUAUAAAAUAGUUUGGAAUUUCUCAAUGCCUGUAAUAAUUUUGAUCCUGAUCCUGCAAAUAAAAAUCAAUUUCUGAGGUUUCUGACUAAACGCAUUAUUUUUUUUUUUGGGGGGGGAGGAGAAGGAAAUGCAGGAUUGUAAAGGUGAAGAGAGUGAAUGAUUUAUCUGAAGGAACAUGACUCUGUUUAAAUAGACGCGGAUGACUUUCUGGUGUUCCAUAUCUAGGUAUAGAAAUCCCUCCUACAGAAGAUGACACAACGAUGUAAUUGUCCAUUACCUUAAAGCAUUCCUAUUAAAUUAACCGUUUGCCUGAGGAUCAUUGAGUCGUACAUUAUUCAUAUUUAUCAUUUUGCAUGUAACAAGCUAUUGUCAUGGGUUUUUUUCUCAAAGGCUUGUGGUUACUGCAACAGUGGUAUCUUUUACAUCAAAAGAUUGCUGAACAGCAUCUAAGCAGCAGUAUUUUAUCUUGAUUUCUGUUUAGACAUGUAUUAUUCGUAUGUUUUAGAUCAUUGAUCUCCAAGCAACCUGAUGUUCGAGGCCAUUUAUGUCAAAGACUAUCAAAUAAUGAAUCCUCAGUGUCAUCUUCUUCAAAGCACAAUGAAUAAGUGAGCAUUCACGAGAUUUAUGGUGCAUCUUUGACGGUCAAACGUUGGUUUCCUAUUCUUCAGGCUGGCAAUCUUUGUUAUUCUUUAAAAUGAAAACUACCUAAGAAAUUUAUUCUCAAUCUGUGUUCACGUCAUUAUUCAUUCUCCUGAAAUCAGAUGCGACAUUGGCCUCUGGGAACUAAAAUUGAUUGGAGGUCAUUUUCUAACACUAGAGUAAGCAGUAAAUUUCCCACAUUCUCUAGUUUCAAAGAGUCAGGUUCAUUCAAGUUUAAAAAGGGAAAAUGAUAAAUGAUAGGCAGCAGGGAUGUGGGAUAUCCUGUAAUUUUUUUUUCCACAAUAAAAAUAGUCCCUCACUGUGAAUUGUUUCUUUAAAUGGAACUCUGCUUUGAGCAUAUGCAUGGCUUACUAAAUUGGCAUAUUAAAUUUGGAAUGGGGCAAUAUCUACUUCUUUGCUGAUGGUCCUGGUUCAAUGAUAUUUGAAGUUUAGAUACAGCUACCCGAUUCUGGGGAAUCAUAGUUUCCUAUUCGAAGAUAAAUGUGGGGGUAUGGUGUUUUUUAUACAAGAACAAUGUUUCACAUGUUUCAUUUUGUUACAAAGUGGGAAUCUGUAACAUGAUUUCCCUUGAGCAAUGACGUGAAAAUGACCCCUUUCAUUUGCACUAACGAGAGUGACGUGAAAAUGGUCAUUGCUAAACUGUUGAUGAAUAAAAGAAACUAAAAAAUUAAUGCUCUUUCCCAGAGUUCAUUAGCCCUCAUACUAAUGUCUGCGUUUUUCUAAUGCCAAAUGCUGAGUCUUGAUGCACACUUGUCAAGAGUAUCAUUCUUGUGGCUGCUUUUUAUUAUGAUCAUGAACCCAGAUGAAAUGGCUCCUGAUUAUAUAUAGAACUCCUAUGGUUCAGCCACAGAAGAUCUACCUGAUUGACGAAAUAAAUUUACCUGAUUGAGGCAAAAGAAGGAUACUCCGGAUUUAUCUUAUGUCUUCUGUUUGAUACAUGAUCUAUGAAGACUACCAAGAUCAUUUGGUCAAAUUUUAAAAAUAAGAUCAUGCAUGCAGAUUAAUUUCUACUAUGGGUGUAUAAUUGUUGGAUUACGCACAUGACUUCAGCAGAAGGACAAUAUUUAGCACCUCCCAAAAAGGAAAUCACAAUAAAUUUGUGAGCCAAUUAACUAACCCUGCUCAUUGCCUAGAAGAUACGUUUUUAGAUAACUCCCUCAUAUUCUGCUCAUAAUAUAUCUGCCAUCUUUAUACCUGCUGAAGGCCUGAAAUGGAACACGAAUGAGAUUUUAAUUUUUAGUAAACAAUAAAUAAAAGGGAAACCACUGUUUCUUUGUCUAACCACCUGGGUAUUUUUUUGGUGCUUCUAAUGAUCAAAUUUCUUCUUAUUUAUUUAUGUAUGAAUGCUGUAACUAUCAUCAUCCCCAGUGGAAUACGGGAGAUGUGCAGGCAUGAUCCUGCUAGCAAUUUUUGGCUUUCAUAAUGUGGUACUUUUCCUUCGCUAGCUCAAUGUUUUCAAGGACACAUGGAGUAUACACAGUAGAUUACUAAUGGAAUGUUUUUCUUCUAGCAUUGUUUGUAUUAGAGAACAUUGUAGUCACUUUACUGGCACAUCCAGGAUAUUAUGCUGGACAGAAGAAUUGGCAAUUCAUGGCCAUUUAUUUGAAAUUCAUAUUUUUUUGGAGGCUUGAAAACUUUGUCUAACAUUUAUUUGACCUUGAAUUUAUUCUCAUUACCUUUUUUUCUUCUCGGUUGUUUUUAAUGCAAUGUCACCUUUGAAGAAAAAUAUCUUCAACCUCAAGGGGUUGGACAUGGGCUUAGAUAAUAUUAGUUAGAAUGAGAAUUGUUGAUGUGAUGGGUUAGAUAAAAUUAAUGCGUUUUAUUGAUUGAAAGAAAGUUUCGAUGUAUUGAAACGAACACCAUUUGCUUGUAGUGAAUUCCAUAAGGGGGGCUGCCCUGUGGUGGAAAAAGGAAAAAGACCCUUGAAAAGUGUCUAAUUGUACCCUCUUUCUCAUGAGCUUUUCCCAUUCCCCAUGAACGAGUCAGCAAUUAAAAGGACUUGUCUGGAUUCUCAUUUCAGUGAUCGUUUUCUUCUCACUUUAUUUCACUUUCGAGGAAAAGAACGAAGGGAGGCUAGUAGACCACCAAAUUUUGGAAAAGAAUAUCUUACGUGGACAUUCACUGGCAUUUGUUGAAGGAAGUAAUGGUCCAUUUCUCAGAUUAUAUACUGGGCAUUCGAAGAUUUUCGACAAAAGAAACUAACGGUUACGUGGUAAGAUCAAAUAAUCCAUUAAAUAUGCAAUUCAACUUUUGACACGGCAUAUUUUGAAUAUUUUGGUGAAAUGAUGCGAAAAAAUUACAAUGAAGCAAAAGUCACAAGCGGUUUGAUUGUCUGUUCUUUAGUGGGUGGGGAGGAGAUUCCAGCUGUGGAAUGACUUGAGUGGAAGAGACUGAACGUGGAAAGCUUAGAGUUUGGGUGGAAUUAAAUUGUGAAAUGGAAUAUUUUUUUAUUUAUCUCAAUAAAUGAAAAAAAAUAGAUUUUCAUCACCAUAUCUUAGUAUUCAGUUGGUAAAACCAAGUGACUGGUUGGGUCAAUGGAUAGAGAUGGUUUGGUGGCGAUGAGAAGAUCUAGGCGUCUGGGAUUACGUGAGAACAGGAGAUUGGAAGCGUUACCACCUUUCUAGAAAGUGCAUGUUGGACUAUGAUCAAUGAGAUCUCAUGUGGUUUUGAACCUUUUUUGUGUACAAUUCUGAAUGCGGGAAAGAAUUCUCCUGAACAAUGAGAUUUGUGCCCUGAGUUUACAAUAAUUCGUUGUACAUGAAAAGGAAAAUUCUUCUUAGUGAUCCAGAAAAGAAAAAAAAAUUCUUCCUUUUCCAUCUUGUCAAAUUCUUAUUUUGUAACCCAUCAAACUUUCCCCUCAACUCAGCUGCAAUACAAUGCUUGAAGAGGAAAAGACUCUAUGAACAACAAGUCGAGCAGCUGGGAAAUUUCCAACUUCGAAUUCAUGAUCAGGUAACUCUUAUCAGUUUAGCCAAUCGUGUUAAGGACAGAUUGAAUCUUGAACCCUGUGUUAGAGCUUGUUCUUCUUAUGCUUAUUGGUCUUUAUUUCAGAUGAUAUUGUUAGAAGGUGCAAAAGCUACAACAGAGACUGUUGAUGCACUGAGAAGUGGAGCAGCAGCGAUGAAGGCCAUGCACAAAGCCACGUGAGAAUCUACAUUUCCUUUUGGGGUAUUUUAGUUUUAUCUCAGCAUUCAAUCAGCCCCAAACAUGGGUUGCAUAUAAACUUCUGAUUUCUCAAACACCUGAAGUUACUAAUAUUUGUUUCAGAGGAAUGUUCUACAUUUUCACAACACAGCUGGGAGGAUGUAAAAUAUAUUUAAUUAUCAUUAAAUUAAAGCACAUGACACCAUCUGUGUUUUUCUCUUGCAGCAACAUUGAUGAUGUUGACAAAACCAUGGACGAGAUCAAUGAGCAGACUGAGAAUAUGAAACAGAUUCAGGAAGCUCUAGCCGCUCCUAUUGGCUCCACAGCUGACUUUGAUGAAGUAUUUACCGAUUUCGUCUUUUAAUUUAGAAAAAUACAUUGUCAUAUAGGAUAUAUAUAUAUAUAUAUAUUUGAAGAGGUAUAUCCUGCAAUGCAUUUUUGCUGCAAUGUUGAAUUUUCUUUUGAUGGUAGGAUGAGCUGGAGGCUGAACUUGAAGAAUUGGAGGGAACUGAAUUGGAGGAACAGCUCUUGCAGCCUGCCACAACUGCGCCUGCUGCUCCUGUGCACGUUCCAAUGCCCAGACCAGCGCGCCCUCUCCCUCAGAAGAACACUGCCGAAGAUGACGAACUUGCCGCAUUACAGGCUGAAAUGGCUCUGUAA